AUGUGUGCUAUACAGGUAACAAUCAAACAGCAGGAACAACAAUUGGCGAACGGCAAGAAGGACCGCGAUCAAUUGUGCUUUAUUGUCGAUGAGCGUACGAACGAAUUACGUAAUCUUAAGCAAAAGAAUGAACAAUUGGAGCAAAUGAUAAGAAAUGAACAAGAACAUAGUAACGACGAAAAGAAACUUAUUUCUCUAUUACAAGAAUCUCAAGAAGAACGAGACGAAUUACUUAGUCGAAAGCGACAAACUUAUGAACGUAUACAAAAAUUAGAAGAACAAAUAAAAAAUUACGAAAGUGAUGCAACAAAAAUGCGUGAUCAAAUUUUAUGUUCAAAAAUCAAAUUAGAUAAAAAAAUUGAUGAAAAUCAAUGUUUAACAAAUAAAUUAACCGAUAUGAGUAAAUUUUGCGAUCGUCUUGAACAAGAAAAUCAAAAAUUAAAAUUACAAAUUGAACAUGAACAAAAAAAGAUUGAAGAAUGCACAAAAUUAAAAACAUUUGCUGAUAUGGAAUUACAAAAUAAUCUUGAUAAAAUACGUCACGAACGUUAUGAACAUGAAACAAAAGUUACUACAUUAGAUGAUGCAUUAAAAUAUGCUCAAAAACAAUAUCAAACAUUACAACAAAAUCAAUAUACUAUUGAAGAUAAACAUAAAAAAGAAAUUCAUGAAUUAAAACAACAUAUACAUGAAUUAGAAAUUAAAAUUGAAGAAGUUAUUAAAGAUAAAGCAUUAGUAUCAAUACGUUGUGGAGAAUUAAUAGAAGAAAAUCGUAAAUUAGAAAAAACAUUAAAUGAAAAAGAAGAUGAUUAUGAAGACAAAAUUAAUUCAUAUAGAGAAAAAAAUUGUCUUUUAUCAACACAAAUUGAAGAUUUAGAAAAAAAACUAACUGAAACAAAAAAACAACUUGAAUUAAUAACAAUUGAAAAAGAUGAAACUUUAGCUGAUAUGUUAAUUGCUGUACGUGUGGCAAGUGAAAUGAGACAUGAUGCAGAAGAUCGUUUAAAUAAAGUUAAUGAUGAUCUCAAACGAGUUACAGAACAUAUUGAACAAGAACGUGCACUUAAUAAAGAAGUUCAACGAAGACAGAUGCAAUUACCACCAACAAAUCGCAAUGGCAAUGGAUUUUGUGAGAUUGGUCAUGUAAAAAUAAAAGAAAUGAUACGAACAUUAGAAGCUAAUUCUCGAAAAAAUUCAAUCAAUACAUUGAAUAAUCAUGUGGAUUCUACAGUUCGUCAACGUCCAUUAUCUCAACCAUGUACACGUACAGAAACUAAUGCUAUAUUAACAAAUAAUCAUCAUCAACAAUUUGGUACAACAACUGAUGAUGCAAAAAUUUUAUCUUCAACAAAAAAUAAUUCUUCAUCAUUUAAUAACAGUCAUCGCUCUGAUAUAUCAAUUCGAUCAAUAACAAAUGAACAAUACGAUGAAAUGAAGUCAAUUGUUGAAGCAGUUUUUGCUCGAAUGCCUGGAAGUGUUUGUAAACGUGAUGCUUUAUUAAAAUGGUGUGUAGAAAAAUUAGCAAAUUAUGGAAUAUCAAUAACAAAUUUUUCAAAUUCUUGGACAGAUGGUAUUGCAUUUUGUUCAUUAUUACAUUCAUAUUUACCUGAUCGUAUUGAUCUUGAUAUGAUUAGAAAAGAAUCAAAAAAAAAUCGUUUUGAAAUUGCUUUUAAUAUUGCUAGUAGCAUUGGAAUUGUAUCUAUAUUAGAUGUUGAGGAAAUGUGUUCAUCGGAAUGGCCUGAUUGGGAACGUGUAAUGUAUUAUGUUGCAUUAAUAUUUCGUCAUUUUGAAUGUUCAACAUCAAAUCAAACAAUAUCACCAAUACUGCCAAUUCCACAAGCAUCAUCAUCACCUAUGUCACCAACAUUUUCAACAUCAGCAUCAUCACCUAUAUGUGCAUCAUUACGAUCAUCAAAUUCAAUUCCAACAAUACUUUGUUCACCAUUACAAACUGUAUAA